CCACAUAGUAUUGCGCUAUUAUCUUCCACUUUUGCCUUUUUUUCUAUCGGCCUUGUUUUCUUCCUCUUUCUCUCUCUCUCUCUUUCUCUUUCUUUCUGAGCUGAAAAAUCCAAAACUCUUGAGCCAUUUCAACCUUCUCUCUCAGUGUUUUGUUUUUUCGCUUUUGUUAGAUAUGAAAAGUGGCUUUACAGGAACCAGGCAUGCAGCAGAUAUUGGGAACUAGGGUUUCUUGAAGCCUUCCCUUGCCUUCUCUUCUCCUUCCUUUGCUAUUUAUUUCCUUGAAUCUCCUGCAGCUUUUCUUCAAGAUUCAAUCUUUACAGAUUUUGGUGUAGGGGAGGAGAGAGAGGGAUAGAGAAGGAAGAGCUAAGCACCAAAUUUAAUUUAUUAUUAUUUUUGAAGAGGAGUCUGUCUUUGCUUGCCUUCUUUCUCUUUCUUUCUCUCGCUGUAUAUUGAACUCUUGAGAAACCCAAAAAACAAAUUUCUCUGGAGAGGUAGUGCUGAGACAUUUGGACUUCGGCCUUUUGUCUCCUCUCCCUCUUCUCUUCUUCUUCUUCUUCUUCUUCUUCUUGUUUUGUUUGCGUUUUUGGUUACCCAUUUUCGGUUCUUCUGGUGCGAAAACGAAAACAUUCUACUUUUAACGUUUGAAGCAACCAGAUUUUUGGUGUCUGAUAUAUAUACGUGUGUCUUGAUUGUAUCCAUGAUCGAUCUAGUCGAUUUCUUGGUGGAUGAGUGUUGAUUACCGAGUCUUGUGUUGAUGCGACGUCUGCUGGUUUCUUAUCGAGUAAGAAAGUAAAGGGGGGGAAAGAAAUAGAGCAUCUGAAUUAGGGCAUUAUUAUUUCAUGAAUUUUGGGGAUUUUCUUGACACCAAUUCUUGUGGUGGCGGUGCAAGAAUUGUUGCCGACAUAGCUUUCAGCAGUAACAUCAUCAGCAACGCUCCACCGGCCGGCAGCAACAUUAUCAGCAGCAGCAGCAGCACCGCCGCCAUGCCCGCCGGCGCCAUCGCCCAUCCCCGCCUCGUCCCUCAGUCCCAAGCCACCAAGCCCAUGUUCAACUCUCCUGGCCUCUCUCUAGCCCUCCAAAGUAACAUGGAGGGGGGUCAAGGGGAGAUGGGAGGGAGAAUGGCGGAGAACUACGAGUUGAGUAAUAUUGGGGGAAGGAGAAGCAGGGACGAAGAACACGAGAGCAGAUCUGGUAGUGAUAACAUGGAGGGUGCUUCUGGAGAUGAUCAAGAUGCUGCCGACAAGCCUCCCAGGAAGAAAAGAUACCACCGACACACUCCUCAGCAAAUCCAAGAACUUGAGGCUCUCUUCAAGGAGUGCCCUCAUCCCGAUGAAAAGCAACGCUUGGAGCUCAGCAGAAGGCUUUGCUUGGAGACCAGACAAGUCAAGUUUUGGUUUCAGAAUAGAAGAACUCAGAUGAAGACACAACUGGAACGCCACGAGAACUCUAUACUCCGGCAAGAAAACGACAAACUCCGAGCGGAGAACAUGUCCAUAAGGGAGGCAAUGAGGAACCCAAUCUGCACCAACUGCGGCGGUCCUGCAUUAAUCGGCGAAAUAUCCCUCGAAGAGCAGCACCUCAGAAUCGAAAACGCCAGGCUCAAAGACGAGCUCGAUCGCGUCUGCACCCUCGCCGGAAAGUUCUUAGGGCGCCCCAUAUCCACCCUGGCCGCUGCUGCCGCCUCCAUGGGUCCUCCACUGCCGAAUUCAAGCUUGGAGCUUGGAGUUGGGAGCAAUGGCUUCCGCGGCCAGAUGGAUGCCCCUUUAGUGCCUGCUGAUUUCGGGAUGGGGAUUUCAAGCCCUUUGCCGGUGGUGCCGCCGGCUAAAGCGGCGGCGAUGGGCAUGAACCCGAUGGAGAGGUCGUUCGAGAGGUCUAUGUACCUGGAGCUGGCCUUGUCCGCCAUGGAUGAAUUGGUUAAAUUAGCACAGAGUGAUGAACCCCUUUGGAUCAGAGCCAUGGAAGGUGGGAGAGAAGUGCUCAACAAUGAGGAGUAUCUCAGGACAUUCACUCCUUGCAUCGGCAUGAAGCCGAAUGGAUUCGUCUCCGAGGCCUCGAGGGAGACGGGCAUGGUGAUCAUCAACAGCUUGGCCCUAGUCGAAACUCUCAUGGAUUCGAACAAAUGGGCAGAAAUGUUCCCGUGUAUCAUUGCAAGAACCUCAACUACAGAUGUGAUCUCCGGCGGCAUGGGAGGAACCAGGAAUGGUGCACUUCAGCUGAUGAAUGCAGCCCUCCAAGUUCUAUCGCCAUUAGUGCCGGUUCGAGAGGUGAACUUCCUCCGGUUCUGCAAGCAGCACGCAGAAGGCGUGUGGGCGGUGGUGGACGUGUCGAUCGAAGCCGUAAGGGAAUCUCCGAGCUGCCGACGCCUGCCAUCAGGGUGUGUGGUGCAGGAUAUGCCCAACGGCUAUUCCAAGGUUACAUGGGUGGAACACAUUGAAUAUGACGAAAGUACAGUUCACCAGAUGUACCGGCCGUUGAUCAGCUCCGGCAUGGGCUUCGGCGCCCAACGCUGGAUCGCCACCCUCCAGCGCCAAUGCGAGUGUCUCGCCAUUCUCAUGUCCUCCACCAUCCCCGCCAGGGAUCACGCCGCAGCGAUUACCGCCGGCGGGCGGCGGAGCAUGUUGAAAUUAGCGCAGCGAAUGACCAACAAUUUCUGCGCCGGCGUCUGCGCCUCGUCGGUUCACAAAUGGAACAAGCUCCGCAUGGACAAUGUCGACGAGGACGUCCAGGUCAUGACGCGGAAGAGCGUCGAUGACCCCGGCGAGCCGCCGGGCAUCGUCCUUAGCGCCGCCACAUCGGUGUGGCUGCCGGUGACUCCUCAGAGGCUGUUCGACUUCCUCCGCGACGAGCGGCUGCGGAGCGAGUGGGACAUCCUCUCCAACGGCGGUCCGAUGCAGGAAAUGGCGCACAUCGCCAAAGGCCAAGACCACGGAAACUGCGUCUCCCUCCUCCGCGCCAGCGCGGUGAAUUCCAACCAGAGCAGCAUGCUGAUACUUCAGGAAACCUGCAUAGACGCGGCGGGGGCGCUUGUGGUGUACGCGCCCGUUGACAUACCCGCAAUGCACGUGGUGAUGAACGGUGGAGAUUCGGCCUACGUGGCCCUCCUUCCCUCGGGAUUUUCCAUCGUCCCUGAUGGGCCCGGAUCUCGCGGGCCAUCCUCGAAUGGGCCCAACAGCAACGGUGGGCCGGGGCGUGUGAGUGGGUCCCUGCUGACGGUGGCCUUCCAGAUCCUGGUGAACAGCCUACCGACGGCGAAGCUGACGGUGGAAUCCGUCGAGACCGUCAACAAUCUCAUCUCCUGCACCGUCCAGAAAAUCAAGGCAGCUCUCCAUUGCGAGAGCUAGCUAGCUAGCUCGCUGCAGCGGAUCGUAAUUAAUUUUUUGUAUUCGAUGUGUGAUACAUACAUAUAUAUAUAUUGAUAUAGAGUGAUGGAGGGAGAGUCAGUCAGAAUUAGGGUUUGGGAUUUGGGGAUUUGGGGGUGUGUUUGAUGAUGUAAUGUUGAAGAUGGAUUAAUUGGUGGUUCUGCUUGAGGAGUAUGGGUUGGUAACUUGGAGGGGGUGAGUCAAGAACGAACCACCAGCAACCCUAGCCGGCCGGCGGUGGCGGUGGCGGUGGCUGGCUAGGGUGGUGGUUCGGGUAUUGACUCAAGGGCGCCCUUCAGUUGACUCAAGUAGAUCCAUGAAAAGGUAACCAAAGUCAGUCUCACUCACUCACUCACUCUUUCUGUCUGUGUGGAUUACUACUAUUAUUAUUAUUACUAUUAUGAAUAUGAAUCAUCAUCACCAUCUUCUUCAGCA